AUGGGAUGCGAAUUAGCCUCUGCACAAAUGCGAGGCCCGACUCCAGCAGCUCUCCGCGGGCUCUUUUCCACUUUCAAUGGAACGCCCAGAAGGUGUUCGACGUCUUACCCAAGUAAAAACAUUGUCUUCUAUUCGAUUCUUUUCCGAACGUCCUUCUCCGCUGCUGCUCUAAGAGCUGAGGAAAAGCCCAACCGGGAAUUUAAUUAUAGACGAAACCCAGAAAAGAUACGUUCUUGGCGCGAGGCAAAGGAACCUCAGAGUUGCUAUUCGGAGGUCUCAGUUGGCAGGGCGGGAGGGGGUUUGGAGAGUGCCAAGAUGAAAAAUAAGCUCAAGCGGUACUCAGGGAUGUUGAGAGAUUGUGCAGCUGAGAUACAUUUGCGCAAAGGUAAAGUGAUUCACGGUCGCAUCAUUAGAAGUGGGACUGAGCCGGAUGAGCACUUAUGGGUCUCUUUGAUCAAUUUCUAUGCCAAAUGUGGGGAGUUAGGAUGUUCGCGCAAAGUUCUCGAGCAAAUGCCCGUGAAAGACGUGGUUUCGUGGACUGCAUUGAUAUCGGGUUUUGUAGCUCGAGGACGUGGAGCUGAAAGCCUGGAGUUGUUCUGUGAGAUGAGGAGGGAGGAUGUGCAGCCAAACGAGUUCACUUUGGCCACUGUUUUGAAGGGUUGCUCGUUGUCUUGGGAUUUAGAUUUUGGAAAACAAAUGCAUGCGGAGGUAGUCAAAGCCAGUCUACUAUCUGAUGUUUAUAUCGGUUCCUCUUUGAUAGAUCUUUACUCUAAAUGUGGGGAAAUGGAAUAUGCUGAUGAUGUUUUCUGUAUGAUGCCGGAGAAAAAUGUCGUGCUGUGGAAUACUUUACUUAACGGUCAUGCACAGGCAGGAAAUGGGGACGCAGUUUUGCGAUUAUUUCGAGAAAUGGAAGAUCCGGACAUGAGAUUUAGUAAUUACACAUUGUCUAUUGUUUUAAAGGGAAUUGCUGGCUCGGGUGCUCUGGAGGCUGGCCGGGCAAUCCAUUCUAUAGUGGUUAAGGUUGGAGGUGAACUCGAUGAUUUUGUUAGGUGUAGCCUGCUUAAUAUGUACUCCAAAUGUGGCGCGGCUUAUGAUUCUGUUAAAGUAUUCAAGACAAUUAAAAACCCUGAUAUAGUUGCAUGGAGUUCGAUUAUCAGUGUUGUCGAUCAGCAAGGUUGGCCUGAGGAUGCAGCCAAAUUGUUCCGGCUAUUGAGGAAUUAUGAUGAAAGGCCUAAUGAGUUUACUCUCUCUAGUAUUGUUAGUGCUGCCACUGACUUGGGUGACCUGCGUUAUGGUCAGAGCAUUCAUGCUUGCGCUUACAAAUUCAGUCUUGAAUCAGAUAAUUCAAUCAGUAAUGCAUUAAUUACAAUGUAUAUGAAACUCGGAUGUACUGAUGAUGGCCACCUCGUCUUCCGGAAAAUGGUCAACAGGGAUGUGAUGUCCUGGAAUGUCCUUUUAUCCGGAUUCCAUGAUGAUGAAACUUCUGAUCAUGGGCCUAGGUUUUUCAGGCAGAUGCUUACUGAUAGUUUUAGGCCCAACAUGUACACAUUUAUAAGCAUUCUGAGGUGUUGUUCAAGCCUCUUGGACAUUGAGUUUGGGAGGCAAGUGCAUUCCCGCAUAAUUAAAGAUAACCUAGCGAGUGACAGUUAUGUUGGAACUGCUUUAAUCGACAUGUACGCCAAGUGCUUGUGCAUGGACGUUGCAGAGUUGAUUUUCAGCCAGUUAAAAACCAAGAAUGAUGCUUUCACUUGGACAGUUGUCAUCUCGGGUUACUCGCAAACCAACCAAGGAGAAAAGGCUGUUCACUGGUUUAAUAGGAUGAGGAGAGAAGGUGUUGUUCCUAAUGAGUUUACCCUCGCCAGCUGUCUGAGGGGUUGCUCAUCAGUUGCUAGCCUUGACAAUGGUCGGCAGUUUCAUUCCCUUUCAAUCAAAGUUGGGCUGUCCACAGACGUGUUUGUAUCCAGUGCACUUGUCGACAUGUACGGAAAAUGUGGAAAUAUCGACAGUGCAGAAAUACUGUUUUACGGCACUCAUUCACGUGACACUGUUCUAUGGAACACGAUAAUAUGCGGUUAUGCUCAGCAUGGGGAAGGUGAUAAGGCUCUUCAAGCAUUCACGGAGAUGAUAGACCAAGUUUUGCCUGAUGGAGUUACUUUUACUGGGAUCCUUUCUGCUUGCAGCCACAAAGGGUAUGUGGAACAAGGGAAAAAGUUUUUUUAUUCGAUGAGUGAAUCCUAUGGAGUUACUCCAACUAUCGACCACUAUGCUAUCUUGGUCGAUAUACUUGGCCGAGCAGGAAAGUUCGAUGAAGUCGAAAGUGUUAUCAAGCAUAUGGAGUUAACUCCAAAUGCCUUGAUCUGGGAGAAUGUUCUCGCGGCAUGCAAAUCUCAUGGAAAUGUGGAAUUGGGAGAAAUAGCAGCUGAGAAGCUCUUUGAGUUGGCUCCCGGAACAGAUUCAAACUACAUUCUGUUAUCUAAUUUAUAUGCGAGCAAAGGGAGAUGGAAUGAUGUGGCGAGGGUUAGGGCUUUGAUGACCAAUAAAGGCAUAAAAAAAGAACCAGGGUGCAGCUGGGUCGAGGCUGAUGCUCGAGUUCACGUUUUUCUGUCUCAGGACACAUCACAUCCGAGGUUACUGGAUAUUCAUCGCAAGUUGGACGAGUUAAAUGAAAAAGUUUCUGAAGCGGGUUAUGUGCCUGACACGAGUUAUGUGCUUCAUAAUGUGACAGAAAACAGUAAGGUGGAUAAUCUUUUUGGUCAUAGUGAGAGGUUGGCCUUAGGUUUUGCUCUUAUAAACAGUGUUGGUAGUAAAAGAAUCAGGAUAUUCAAGAACCUUCGGAUAUGUGGGGACUGCCAUGAAUUUAUGAAGUUGGUUUCUGGGAUCGUUGAUCGAGAAAUUGUGGGAGUUUUGGGCCACAGGCAAUGGUGUCAAAUCUGUUCGAGAAGAUUUUACGUGAAUGUGUUGAGGUUCACGAUGAAGUUAGGGCUGUCGUUGCUGCUUGAAGACUUGGUCAUGGGCAAUGUGGAGAAUCCUUAUGUUUAUGCUAUUUUUUCAUUGGUCUAUUCUAUUUGCUUCUGUAGUUCUCUCCUAAAUGCUUUAUACUGUUGCUACAUCUCAGAUCACCACUGGUUUGCGGCUUUCUGGUCUGAUAGAGCCUUCAAUUUUUGGGACAAAGAUGGCUAUGCUGAGGUGCAGUCAAUCAAUUACCUUGCAGCAUUUUCAACAAUGACAGCUCCAUCUUUCAAAGGUGCGGAAUAUCAUAAUCCAUCAAAUGGCAACGACCUACAUGAUAUCUACAUCUUCUUCAGUUGGCGUAAUGUAGGAUGCUGAGCUGAAGGCCAAAUCACAUGCCAUAACCAGCAGCAGAAAGUGAUGAAGAAAAAAUAUUCCAUUUCAGAUGGACGAAAGUUGUACGUUCUGUAUUAGGAGCUCAUGCGUAUUAAGUCAAUUUGUCUUUGGAUAUCUGUGAAGUCAUUUCUUAAUCUGCUUAUAAUGAUCAUGCUUGUGGCCCCUAGUGAAACUGUAUGUAUGGUUAAUUGUUUUUUUCUUGGAGAGCAUCCAACGCCGUACUGCAUGGUAAAGGAUUUUUAUUUUAUUUUUUUUAUUUUU